AUGUCACACAGGAAGUUCUCAGCCCCCAGGCAUGGGUCCCUGGGCUUCCUGCCUCGAAAACGCAGCAGCCGGCACCUCGGGAAGGUGAAGAGCUUCCCCAAGGAUGACGCCACCAAGCCCGUGCACCUCACAGCCUUCCUGGGCUACAAGGCCGGCAUGACCCACAUCGUGCGGGAGGUGGACAGGCCGGGGUCCAAGGUGAACAAGAAGGAAGUGGUGGAGGCGGUGACGAUUGUGGAGACGCCUCCCAUGGUGAUUGUGGGCAUCGUGGGCUACGUGGAAACCCCUCGCAGCCUCCGCACCUUCAAGACUGUCUUUGCAGAGCACAUCAGUGAUGAAUGCAAACGGCGCUUCUACAAGAACUGGCACAAAUCUAAGAAGAAGUCUCACCUGAUGGAGAUCCAGGUGAAUGGGGGCACAGUGGCUGAGAAGCUGGACUGGGCUCGCGAGAAGCUGGAGCAGCAGGUGCCAGUGAGCCAGGUGUUCGGCCAGGACGAGAUGAUUGAUGUCAUUGGAGUGACCAAGGGAAAGGGUUACAAAGGGGUCACCAGCCGCUGGCACACCAAGAAGCUACCCCGCAAGACCCACAGAGGGCUGCACAAGGUCGCCUGUAUUGGGGCCUGGCAUCCUGCCCGAGUGGCCUUCUCUGUGGCCCAUGCUGGGCAGAAGGGCUACCAUCACCGCAAGGAGAUCAACAAGAAAAUCUACAAGAUUGGCCAAGGCUACGUUAUCAAGGACGGCAAGCUGAUCAAAAACAAUGCCUCCACUGACUAUGAUCUCUCAGACAAGAGCAUCAAUCCUCUGGGUGGCUUUGUCCACUAUGGUGAAGUGACCAACGACUUUGUUAUGCUGAAAGGCUGUGUGGUGGGGACCAAGAAGCGAGUGCUGACUCUCCGCAAGUCCUUGCUGGUGCAGACCAACCGCCCGGCUCUGGAGAAGAUUGAUCUCAAGUUCAUCGACACCACCUCCAAGUUUGGCCAUGGCCGCUUCCAAACAAUGGAGGAGAAGAAGGCCUUCAUGGGACCACUUAAGAAAGACCGCAUUGCAAAAGAAGAAGGUGCCUAA